UAGAAAAUGAAUCUCUUUGUAAUGGCGGACACCGAACAUAACAAAACAUCAUAACCAUUUUCGCGUAGCCAUAAGUCAGAGGAGUUAGGCAAAGAAAAAAAUCAUCAGUUGUUAUAAUGGGAGAAUUCAAGUUCGGGAUAAUUCUGAUACAACUAUCAUUGACAUCAGCUUUAAAUGUUUAUAUCGCACCCCCCGCUGUGCUGCAACUUGCAAAAACGAAAGUUAUGCUGUCAUGUGAAACAAGCUCUACCAAUGAUAAUAUUGAGAUCACAUGGGAGAUUGAUGACAAAGAGGUCCCUCUCAUGCCAGCAUCAGGUCUAAUGCAGGAAGAGGUCUAUGUGCUAGCAAAUAAUUCUCUAUAUAUCAAAUCUCUCCGACGUCGUAAUACAGGAGAAUAUACAUGUAUAGCAACCGAAAAUAAUGUCAAAAGAUAUGCCAAAGUGAAAGUAGAAAUUGCAUACUUACAGAAGGUAGACGUAAUUAACCCGCUUAUGGUUUUCCACAAUACGGAUGCAAAAAUAGCCUGUGUGAAACCUUUGGGAAAGCCUAUGCCGAGUGUCAGCUGGAAAUUCAAUGGUUUGCCACUGACUCCUCCUGAACGCUAUAACAUUGACUGGACGCUAACGAUAAAACAACCGUUAAGCAAAAAAGAUGAAGGAAAUUAUACUUGUGUUGCCAGCAACGCGUUUAAAGUACGGGAACGAGACACUUCUCUAAAAGUGACAAUAUUCGGAAAUCUUGAAGUUACACCACAGACAAGACAAAUUUUGGAGAAAGAAAACACCAAGUUUACAUGUACCUCAAAGGCUGUACCUCCUCUGCCAGUUUUAUGGAAUCGCUUAAAAAAAAGCUGUAAUAUAAAGAGCGGGAUUCAAUCUUGUCAGACAGCUAUUGAAAAAAUUCCUGUCAACGGAACUGUAACUUCUAAAGAUGGUGACUUGAUCAUAUCAAAUGCAGUGUACACAGAUGCAGGAGAAUAUCUGUGCUCUGCAACACUUGGGUCUGAGAUGCAAAGUGAAAGUGUUCUAUUAAAUGUUACUGAACUUGUAAAGGUAAACGCUGAAUUACAAAUAAACAAACAAACCAGAAACCUGCGCAGUAAGAAGAACACAAGUCUAAGAUGUUUUUUUCGUGGUGAUGGAAAUAUUACUUAUAGCUGGAGUAAAUUAAAUGCAACAAAACUUCCUGAUAACAUGAAAGUAAAGAAUUCAACUUUAGAGAUUACAAAUUUGAAUUUCAAAGAUACUGGUGUCUAUGUUUGUACUGCGAAAGGAGACCACAACUCAGCAUCUUCUCGAGUUCAACUUGUUGUCUUCAGGUCAGCAGAAUUUGUAGUCAAGCCAGAAAAUGUGAGUGUCGUACUUGGCAAAUCUGCUUGGGUGCACUGUCAAGGUGAAGGUGAUCCAGAACCGAAAGUGUCGUACUUAAGAAAUAACAAGGAUGAAUUGAGGAACAAUAGUAACUACAAAGUAUGGCCUAAUGGUACCUUGCAGAUUAAGAAAAUGACGAAAGAUGAUGUUGGGACUUUCCACUGCUGGCUUUCUCAAAGUUACCACUUGGGCGCAACUUCGUUCAGUGUAAAAAUAAAAGAAGCACAGAAAGUGGAAGAAUCAGGUUCUAUGAUGAAAACUGUAGCCAUCGCUGUCGGUUGUGCAGGUGUAUAUAUCUUGCUUGUUAUUGGAUUGAUGAUCUACUGUAGAGCAAGAAGAGCAAGGCUUAUUAAAAAAGGUAUCAUAACGGAAGUGGAGGAUGGCGAAUUUGCGAAAGAACCUUUGAUGAACAAUGAAUCGAUUCCUCUUGAGGAAAGAGAACGUGCACUUGAAAAAUGGAAGUUCCCUCGUGAAGAUUUGGAAGAAAUACAAACUUUGGGCCACGGUAAGAUGGGGCGUGUUUUUAAAGCACGCGCUGCAGGCAUCAACAGAGAUAAGAAGUCUACCUUAGUUGCUGUAAAACAAUUUGAUGGAACCGGUGAAGACUAUAAAGCUGAAUUUGACCUUGAGGUUGAAAUGUUUGCACAGCUUAACCACAACAAUGUGGCGCGGCUGAUGGGUGUGAACGUAGAUGUGACACCCUAUUACAUUAUCACAGAAUUUAGUGACGAGGGUGAUUUAAAGGAAUACCUUCAAAGCAAACCUGAUCUGUCUCCCACUGAACGUUUAAAUAUAUCGUUUGGUGUUGCGUCUGGUAUGGAAUAUCUAAUUAAGCAGCGUUACGUGCACAGAGAUCUAGCUGCAAGAAAUUGCGUGGUGUUUCCCAACAACGAAGUUAAAGUUUCAUUCCUUAGCUUAUGUGAAGAUGUUUAUAGUGACGAUUACUACUUACUAAACGAUAUACCGGUCCCGUUAAGAUGGUUAAGCCCGGAAGCUAUUACGUCCGGACACUACUCGGAAAAGAGCGAUGUGUGGAGUUUCGGUGUUACCAUGUGGGAAAUAUUUUCCGGCGGAAAGAAACCCUAUGCUGAUCUUGACAACAAGGAGGUACAGGAGAGUGUUUGUAGCGAUGUAAGAUUACCCACAUUAGUGGAGUGUCCCAAACCUGUGAAUGCCGUGAUGGAGAGGUGUUGGCUGGUUGAUAUCUCACAGCGUCCAACAUUUGAAGAGCUAACUUGUGCGAUUGCUGAGAUUAAUCUAGACAAUGAGUAACUUCACCAAUAGUUUUAUAACCUUGUAAUAAGCGAAGAAGGAUACUGUUUAGACAGCGAUGAACUGUGAAGGUACGACGUCGCAUGUUGAAAAAAAAAACUCUCUUUGUUGGUAAAAAUACCAACAGGAUUUAUUCUAACACGUGUGUAACUAAAGUUUUUAUUUGAGAACGUAUUUGAUGUGUCCACGGAGAUUUAUACCCAACAAGUUAGUUUGUUUUUAAUUUUUUUAUCUGCGAAAUUCACAAAAAAAAAAAAAAUUAUCACUAAGCAGUGUAUACGUGAGAACUACGAGUCAUUUUUUUUUUUUUGACUAGCCAUUGAUGACGCAUUUCCUUGGCGUGUUGUUCUAACUAAGACAAAUUUUCAUUUCGGCAGUAAUCACAAGUGUUGUUUUUAAAUACUCUCAUAAUUUAAUUGGUCUCUUUUAAGUGUUCUUAUACGCAGCAAUCACGCACAACUUCAGAAACAAGACAAUGAGUUUUUUUAAAAAGAUAUGUAAAUAUAUGUUUAUUCUUUUUAUCAUUAUUUGUUCAUAAAUCGUACAUUCUUGUUUUUAUAUUGUCUUAGUCAUAGUUAAGGUGUGGAAGAAACCAGUCUAAUUUUAUGUUAUUAGUUUUUUUUUAAAAAAGAACAACUAGCUACUGGUUUCUAUUAUAAUAUUUAUAGAAUUGUGUAUGCAGAAAGUCCGGUAGGAAAGCAUAAGCUUGAAACAGGCUCAAGGGUCAGAGGCCCUCAUUCUUUUGGAACUAGAAACAACCUUUGUUCAAUCAUAGAUCCACAAGAUUUUAUACUUGCAAUUUUUAGCCUCGAUUUAAUAACUCCUUAACAUUUCGUCCUGUUUAGUGAUCGCAUCAUUUGUAAGUGAAUAUCUAGUGUUCGAGACGUGUAGUGUAAUGUAGGAGGUCCCAUGAUUCCGAAUGAUUCUUAGUUUUCUUAGUUUUUUUCUACUAAUUCUUAUAGAGGCGAUUCGUAGAGGCUUAGAUUCUUUUUAUUUGUGUGCGAACUCGAAAGAAGAAUCGCAAGCGUUUUUCUCGAGUAAUUUUUUAUUCACUUAUUUAUAUUUUUGUAGUAGCAUUGUCAAACUUUUUGUUUCCGAAAGAAAAAUAUUGGAAGUUUCAA